AUGUAGAUUCUCAUGCUGAAGCCUGAGCACAGAAACUAUUUUAGGUUUCAGCUAUCCCUUUUGAUUUCAUUUGUACAAAAUCUUUUUUAUUUGGGAUUUACACAUGAAGAACAUUUUAAGAAUGAUUCUUGAAAGUAUUUUGAACACAUCAAAAGAGAAUGCAUGGCAACUGGGAAGGAGUGGUAUGGAUCAGAAAAGUAGAAAAAUAGGCAAAAUAAUGAAAAGAAAGAUGAUAUUAACUGUGUUCCUGAGCAACAAUGAACAGAUUUUGACUGAAGUGCCAAUUACACCUGAAACAACGUGUCGAGAUGUAGUGGAGUUUUGCAAGGAACCAGGAGAAGGUAGUUGCCAUCUUUCUGAAGUGUGGCGUGGAAAUGAACGACACAUACCCUUUGAUCACAUGAUGUAUGAUCAUCUGCAGAAGUGGGGACCCCGUAGGGAAGAGGUGAAGUUUUUCCUUCGACAUGAAGAAUCCCCGACAGAAAGCAAUGAACCAGGCCGUCAGACUCAAAAUCAGAGAAAUGGAAUCAGUACACCUGCAGACAAACGGAUCGAAAAUGGGGUUGGGAAUGCUCGGGUUGAACUCACACUUUCAGAACUGCAGGAUAUGGCUGCCAGGCAACAGCAGCAAAUUGAAAAUCAGCAACAAAUGUUGGUUGCCAAGGAACAGCGUUUACGUUAUCUCAAACAACAAGAACGCCGUCAGCAGCAGUCUGUGUCUGAGAGUGAAAAACUUCAGAAACUCAAAGAGCGAGUGGAAACCCAGGAGAUGAAGCUAAAAAAAAUCCGUGCCAUGAGAGGGCAGGUGGAUUACAGCAAGAUUAUGAACGGCAAUUUGUCUACAGAAAUAGAACAUAUCAGUGCCAUGUUCCAGGAGAAGCAGCAAGAGUUACAAGCUGCAGUUUUAAAAGUGGACCAGCUUACUCAGCAGCUAGAAGACCUGAGAAAAGGGAAGCUGAAUGGUUUCCAGUCUUAUAAUGGACAGAUGACAGGGCCUGCAGCUGUAGAAUUAAAAAAACUGUACCAAGAAUUACAGAUCCGUAACAGGCUUAACCAAGAACAGAACACCAAACUUCAACAACAGAAAGAACUCCUGAACAAACGUAACAUGGAGGUAGCCAUGAUGGACAAGCGCAUCAAUGAGUUACGCGAGCGCCUAUACAAGAAAAAAGUUGAGGCACGUCAAAAAGAAAACAUUCCUUUAAAUCGGAUAAAUGGAACAUCCUCACCUCAGUCAUCAGUGAAUCCAUCAGGAAGAGUUGCAGCAGUGGGGCCAUACAUUCAGGUUCCUAGUUCCAGCAGUUACACUGUGCCAGUUGACCCAGUGAAGCCACAGUCUCUCACCAUUACUACCAAUGCAACCCAUGGAAGAUCCAAGUCUGAUACAGACUAUGGGUGUGUGAAAAAAUCUCCAGGUCCCUGGAAGAUUUCUGAUUUAGACAUUAUAGUGGAUCCUAUUCUGUCACCUUCCUCUCUUCAAUCUGCUGUCCAAAAUAUCAUCCAUUCAGCACCUGCUCUUUCUGAGGCCCUGCACUCUAAUGAUGGGACAUGGCCAGCACUUAAACAGAGCUCUUCUCCUGUGGUAAAACCACCACAAAUUCCCAGCGCAGAUUGGAAAGAAUCAAACAUGGAUGCUUUAAAGCAAGGAACUAUAUCCAGUCAGCCAUUGUCCUCUUCAGUACUAGGAAGCACAGAUAAGCUGAGUGUUGACAUGGGGAAAGUAACACCAACCAUUUCUGGUGUAAGCAAGCAGUUGCCUCAAAACUAUGGGACCUAUCCAAGCUCUGUUCCUUUAGGAACAAGUUCUACCAAUUCCCUGGAAAGACGGAAGGAUGGCAGCUUACCAAGACCUGGCUCCACAGCAGCAAACCGGCAAAGACCUGUGCCAUUGCCACCAGCAAGUGGUGUUCAUCCGCCUGGCUCCUCACAACAAAUACAACAGAGAAUAUCUGUGCCUCCAAGUCCUACAUAUCAACCUUCUGGUGCUCCAUUGUUUCCAGGUGGAGAUGGCAGGCCUGAUCUCCCCUUAACUGUGGCCAUAAGGCCUUUCUUAACAGAUAAAGGCUCAAGGCCCCAGUCUCCUAGGAAAGGGCCCCAAACAGUGAACUCCAGUUCCAUUUAUUCAGUGUACCUUCAGCAAGCAACACCACCAAAGAACUACCAACAGGCUGUAUAUAAUACCCUAAAUAAGUCCGUUAAAGCAGUUUAUGGGAAGCCUGUUGUACAGUCUGGUUCGACUUCUCCUUCGCCAUUGCCCUUCCUUCAUGGAUCUCUGCCUCCUAAUGCAUCUCAACCUCAGCCCCAGCCUCCAAGCGACUACAGUGAAAAAGAUCAAGAGCUGGAAAACACCCCACCCACCAGUGAAAACAGCAAUGUAGAAAACAUCCCUCGUCCCCUCAGCCCCACCAAGCUGACACCUAUUGUCCAUUCACCCCUUCGCUACCAAAGUGAUGCUGAUCUUGAGGCUCUUCGCAGGAAACUAGCCAAUGCUCCCAGGCCCUUGAAGAAACGAAGUUCUAUCACUGAACCCGAAGGCCCCAGUGGACCGAACAUUCAGAAACUGUUGUACCAGCGCUUCAACACCCUGGCAGGAGGAAUAGAAGGUGCUCCGUUCUAUCAGCCAGGAAACACACAGGACUUUAUAGGCACCUUGGCAGAUGUUGACAAUGGGAACACAAACACCAAUGCCAAUAUUGAGGAGCCCAUUUCCGCAGCCCCAACAGCUCCUCUUCCUGAGGAGCCCUCCUCAGAUGCCAAUGAUAAUGAACUGCCAUCUCCUGCAACUGAGGACAUGAUCAGUGUUGAAACUACAAAUCAAACAUCUGAAACUACUGAGGAUGAUAACAACAACAACAAUCCUGCUGUAGCCCCUUCUGUUGAGCGCCCCCCUAGUCCAACACCUGAGGCCAAUUCCCCAGAGGAGGAAGAGGAAGAAGAAGAAGAAGAAGUGCAGCUGCCGCCAAUGCUUCCUCCUCCUCCUCCUUUUCCUGUGGCCAAAAGGACCAAUCUGAAGAAACCCAACUCUGAGAGAACUGGUCAUAACUUGAGGGUUAAAUUCAAUCCCUUGGCCCUGCUGCUGGAUGCCUCCCUGGAGGGAGAGUUUGACCUUGUGCAAAGAAUCAUAUAUGAGGUGGAUGAUCCCAGCAAACCUAAUGAUGAAGGCAUCACACCUCUCCAUAAUGCCGUGUGUGCUGGUCACCAUCAUAUAGUGAAGUUCCUGCUAGAUUUUGGUGUCAACGUCAAUGCAGCAGACAGUGAUGGAUGGACUCCUUUGCACUGUGCUGCCUCUUGCAAUAGUGUUCAUCUCUGUAAGCUUCUUGUUGAAUCUGGAGCAGCAAUUUUUGCUUCAACUAUAAGUGAUAUAGAAACUGCAGCAGAUAAGUGUGAGGAGAUGGAAGAGGGUUAUAUUCAGUGUUCCCAGUUUCUAUAUGGUGUACAGGAGAAACUGGGAGUUAUGAACAAAGGCAUAGUAUAUGCAUUGUGGGAUUAUGAAGCCCAGAACAAUGAUGAGUUGUCAUUCCAUGAAGGAGAUGCAAUUACCAUCCUGAGGCGCAAAGAUGAUAAUGAAACAGACUGGUGGUGGGCCCGUCUUAAUGACAAGGAAGGCUAUGUUCCUAAAAAUAUCUUGGGGUUAUACCCAAGAAUAAAACCUAGGCAACGAACUCUUGCCUGAAUUCCCAUCAUUGGGAGUACAGUAUCUUGCUGGCGACUGGAAGAUGAAAGUAUACACUGGAGACAUUUUCAAUUACAUUUCACCAGAAGUAAAGCUAUAAUUGUUUUAAAUGGUGCUCUUGUUUAAUAUAAUGGACAGCAUUUGAGAUUUUCAAUCUGCAGUUUGUAAAGUGAGGUCUGCUCUAUGUUAACCUACCCAUUCACUGGGCAUGGUACUCAGAACACAGCCUACAGUAUUUUUUUGCCAACUGAAUUAAAAAAACAACACUUGUGCUAGAUGUUAAAACAUUUGCAAAAUGCAGAUAUGCUGUCUGUUCAGUUCUAGUCCACAGUAACUGUCCUGAAAUGUCAAGACUUUUACUAUUAAAAUUGUCAACUGAGUGUUGAGUUCACUGUAUAUAUCUGUAGAGAUCUUGGCAAACAUUGGUAUCAGGGAGUUACCAACAGUCUUCGGGAACAAGGAUUACCAAAAUGGCAAGAGAAGCAUCAAUGUUGAAUGGAUUUUGCACACUUCUCAAAAUCGCACUUGUUCCUUCACUUGAUGUUUUUUCUUGGUAUUCUUCUGUUAGCACCAGUUAGCUUCCCCCCCCCCCUCCAAGUCCAUUGCACUGUCUCAAACACAUACCCUGAAUUCCAUCUUCUGGACAAACCUGCAUUCAGAUUUAAGGGAUUUGUAUGUCUUGUAUGGAAGAAAGUGCAAUAGUUGAGAAGGGUAAGAGUUAUGUUAUAAAAAGCUAAGAGGUUCAGUUUAAGGACCUUUACAUUUUAUCUGUGAAAGUAGGACGGUGAUUGAAGGGAUGAAUAUAAAGGCCAGGCUGGUUGUAUAAAGUGAAGAUAGAGAGGAGAGACUUAUGGCAAAGAUGACCUGCUGUUUGGGCAAGGGCAAUGUCUGUAGUUCUCGACAGCCCUGCCUCUUGUGCCAGGGUGAGUUAUGCAAUAACUUAAUCCACUAUCUAGUUUCAAGCAAAAAAAAGCACUUCACUGGAAUAUUAUUUGUACAUGAUUUUAUAUACAGAAGUCUAUUUUGAACUGCCCAUUAUGUUGUAGCCACACAGGUUUUAUAAUUUCUUCCCUUUGAACUGUAGGCCAAUUGCUAUUAUUCAUGUAUACGUUGUGCAUAAUUUAUAGCCAUUGAUGCAGUGCUGUAACUUGCUUUUCCCACUGUUUAGCAUUACCUGUAUAUAUUGUGGUGAUGAGAAGUGAAAGGGUAUUGUAAAAGAAUAUUUGCUAAAUGAAUGUGAGUGAAAAGCCUAUGAUACACUGCUCAUCCAGUGUGCACAAUAAAAACUACUGCUAAGG